AUGUUGGGUGGGCAAGCGUGGGGUUACAUACGCGGUCAUUGGCGGCCAGGCGAACUUUGCCCAGGCGGCGACAUCCACGUCCACGACCCCGAGAGCUGCGGGAUACUCGACAAAAACAUUGCUCGCUGGUGGGUGCCUACCUACAUACGCCUAUCCGCCACACCGACCUUUGUCUGUAUCCGACACGUCGUUGUCUCCGUCGCGGAGUGCGCGAUGCCUUCACGCGUCACCCCCUCGUCCGAGGACGAGGUUGACCAAACAACGGCGCCGUCCCAAUCACCACCCGGCUCGACCCCCUCCUCUCGACAUCGUUUCGAAGGAGCCAAACGGAAGCGAGCAGAGGAAUCAUCAGGUCAGAGUGCUCGACGACGCAGAACGGCGGAGCCGGAAGGCGCCAGCGAUGAGGACGGCGACGCCGCCGAGGACGUCUACGAUCCCGAUCAGCCGGUUGAAGAGCGCCGGACGGUGCAGAGGGGCUACAGAGACCUCCUGCGAGACAUCACGGAGAAUGGCGAGGAGUACAUGAGCAAGGGUUCCCACGGCCUGCACGAAACCAUCUUGAAGGCCGAACAGCUGUCCAAGAAGCUCAGGCAGACGACGGAAGCAACCAUCGAUUCCCGCCUGCUCGUCAGCACCACCGAUCUCUCCUACCGCAAAACCUUGCGCCUCACCCAGGGAAGCCUGUCGCAAGGGCUCGACGUCGACGAGUUUGUGUCCAAAUGCAUCACCUACAUGCGCAACGGCGGCGGCAUCCUCGACGACGAAGCCCCCGAACUCUCGAGCACCCAGAGGCAACGGCGGAGGAGCGUGCGAAGGAGGGGCGGCGGCGGCGACGACGACGACGACAUCGGCGACGAGGGCGACGCCAUGAACUGGCCACACCUCGGACGCUUCGCCGGCCUGCCGCACAUACGACGGCCCGCCCUGCCCGGCUUCCUCCUCGGACCGCUGUCGGUGGAGAAGAAGGCGCGCAAGGUGACCAAGAGAAGCGCCCCCUUCCGUCCGAACAACCUGACCGAGACCCGACCCGAGGUCUUGAACGUCGACGAUCUCGCCAAGAAGGAGAACGACUUGACGGCCAUCUGCGGCAAGAUCCUGCAGCAACUGCACCUCAUCCAGGAGCGAACGCAAGAGACCGUCGCCGAGCUCAUCCAAGAUGACAUGGACGACGAGGAGAAGACGGAGAUGAUGCAUCGGCAUGGACUGCGCAGCACCGGCGGCCUGGAUCUCAUGCGCUUCGUCGUCAACCCCAAGUCCUUUGCCCAGACGGUCGAGAACAUGUUUUACGUCAGCUUUCUCAUCCGAGACGGGAGGGUCGAGAUUGACUUUGACGAAUUUGGUCUACCCGCCCUCGCACCGGUUGACCGUGAAGCCGACGACGAUGGCGCCAUUCGCCACGGCGGUGCCAAGCACCAGGCCAUUCUAUCCAUGGACAUGAAGACAUGGCGAGAAAUCAUACAAGUGUUUGACCUGAAAGAGCCCAUGAUCGAGCACAGAAGAGAGCUGGCCGCGGCUGGCCCGGGAGCACGGGGCUGGUACAGUUGA